AGGAAAACCACUAGCGGGGGCCAUCCCCCACUUGGCUGCCCGCUACGGGGGUUGAGCGAUAGCAGUGAGUGUGCCCGCCUAGGCAAUGGAGGGGCCCGGCAAUAACAGACUCGGCGAGUGCCAAAAUGGCUUGCUCCAUUCAUCUCCCUCGUCCUCUCUCUUUUCGGUGUCCAAUCCGGCAGGCAUUGGGGCGAUAUCGCAGCCGGGCUGAACUCGCGUUGUAUCCCGUGGCAAGGCAGCUGCUGAUUGGGCCCGCCGUGCUGUCUUAUUGUGGGUGAGAUGCGAAAAGGGCGUCGUCGUCUGCGACUGCGACUGUGACUGUGCCUAUGACUGUGCCUGUGGCUGUGACGCAGAAUUUGUUCAACCACGUCCCCCCGAGACGUACAAACUCGCCUACCUGUACCUACUUGACUACUUGACCCGAAGUCGAUUUCCUCCCGAGUCUAUCCUCACGAAAACGGCGUACUCGGCCAAAGCCCCUCGGCAUCCAUCACGCUCUCGGCCCAGAUUAAGCCUUGGCGCCUGCGACUCAUCCGGCUCUUCCGCGCCUAGCCGCGCGCAUCGCCCAGACCGGCAUACAGACACAAAAGCGCAUUGCCGGAACACAGACGAGCAGUACACACAGCCAUGUCAAGUCUAAUGGUGCCCGAAACUCGGGUGUUGGCUGUAGCCAGCCACGUUGUUUCUGGAAAUGUGGGAAACAAGAUCGCCGUUUUUGUCAUGCAGUCCCUCGGCUGUGAGGUUGCGGCGUUGAACACAGUGCAGUUCAGUUGGUUUCUUUGCACCCUUUCCCCUCACCCUCCUUUCCUGCCGGCUAGAUGAAAAAAAAAAGGGGGGACGUCACAGAGACAAAUGUGUGCGAAACCCCCCUCCAAGCCGCGGCCGGGGGUGUUGUUUGCUGACUGCUUCUCCGGCGGGGACGGGGAGGGGAAAAUCUUUUUCCUCUUCUCGCCUGUUUCCUUGUUGCGUACCCUCCCCAUAGGUAACCACACGGGCUACAAGCAAUGGAAGGGGACGCGGGUCUCGGCCGAGGAGAUCUCGGACCUCUGGGAGGGGCUGAAGCAGUCGUACCUCGACGGGUUCGACAUGAUGCUCUCGGGCUACAUCCCCGGCGCGGCCGCCGUCGAGGCCGUGGGCCGGAUCGCGGCGGAGCUCAAGGCCAAGGCCGGUGCGGCCGGCGCGCCCGGCGGCUUCUUCUGGGUGCUGGACCCGGUCAUGGGGGACAACGGCAACCUCUACGUGGCGCAGGACGUGGUGCCGGCGUACCGGGCACUGCUCGGCCACGCGGACCUGAUCCUGCCCAACCAGUUCGAGGCCGAGGUGCUGUCCGGGGUCGGGAUCGAGGACGCGGCCUCACUCGAGCGCGCCGUUGGCGCGCUGCACGCGGGCGGCUCCUUAUCCUCCUCGGGGGUCCCGCACGUCAUCAUCACGUCCGUCUCGCUACCGCACCUGGGCCACCCGGACCGGUCCAUGUGGGUCGUCGGCUCGACCAGGACGUCGGCCGGCCGGCCCCGACUCUUCAAGAUCGUCUUCCCCGCCAUCGACUGCUACUUUAGCGGCACCGGCGACAUGUUUGCCGCCCUCAUGGUCGCGCGUAUGCGCGAGGCCGUACACCAAGCCGACGCGGCGGCGGACUCGACAGCAGCAGCAGCAGGAGCGACGACGGCGCGGCUCGGCGACCGUGCGUCCUGGGUCAGCGACGACUCGGUCGACGCACUGGACCUGCCGCUCGCCAGGGCGGCCGAGAAGGUCCUGGCCACCAUGCACGAGGUGCUGUCCAAGACGCUCGAGGGCAUGGACGCCGAGAUGGCGCGCGUCCGGGAGAGGCUGGCGGCCGAGGGCGCGGCCGCCUCGGAGGAGGAGCGGGCCAGGGACCUCCGGCUGCACCAGUCCAGGGCGGCCGAGCUGCGGCUGGUGCGGAACCUGGAGUCUCUUAGGAACCCCAGGGUGGCGGCACUGCGGGCCGAGAAGAUGUAGUGUCUCACUCUCCACCUCGCCUCGUUCUUUUUUUGUUUCUUACACAGAUACAAUGGAGUUUUGGGCUGCAUUAUAUGAAAGUUUGCGUCCUAUUUCUUCUUAUUUUUUUCGCAUGUGGUGGCCAUGAGCGCUUCUUUUGGAGGGGUGGCUUUUGAGCAGGCAUCUUUCAGUGAGCGGGCUUGCCCAUACGCAUACGAGCAUGUCCCAGCCCACUAAUAAUAGAGGUCUUUCAACAUAACUACACAAUACCUACUACCACGAUGCUUCAAGGGGAAAGAAGCAAAACAGGCCCGUAUAGCGUCCGUCGACUGUUCCUUGAUCAUAGCAUUUCCCCCUUGGAAAUGCGAGCAGAUGCCCUUGACCAUGUCAAAUUAUAGCCCAAACUCCAUCCUAGUUGGAUUCUAUCGUCGCAACAAAAGCCAUGCUAGGACCUUAGUCCAUGGUUGCCCCGAGCCCCCAAGGAGCCAGGCGAGAGCGGCAAAAAGCUCUCGCCUAUCUCAGGUGCGGCCGGUGCUGCCGAAGCCGCCGGCGCCGCGCACGCUCUCCUCGAGCUCCUGGACCUCGACGACCUCGGGGGUGUAGAUGCGCUCGACGACGAGCUGGGCGACGCGCUCGCCCUCGUCCACCUUGAAGUCGGCGUCGGCGUGGUUGAAGAGCAGCACCUUGACCUGGCCGCGGUAGUCGGCGUCGAUGACGCCCGCGCCCGUGUCGAUGAAGUGCUUGGCCGCCAGGCCGGACCGGGGGGCGAUGCGGCCGUCUUUGUCCCGACGCGCGCAAGAUGGGGCAAGAGUCAGUUACGGAACGGCGGUGGUGGUGCUAGCGGUGGUGGGUAUGUAGGGAAUUUGUCGGGAGAUGGGGGACUACUAACAGGUGCCGGCGGGCACGGCGAUGCUGAUGUCGGUGUCGACCAGGACCUUGCCGCGGG